UACUGGCGGCUGCUUUAAUAGACGUCUCCGUCAUCGGUGCCCGGGGAGCAGUUCUUUGGGAUUAACUGCCUUUCUCAAGGACAGAACGGUAUAUUUUUUUCACCUUUUUUUCACCUUCACGGAUCAGGGAUUCAAACCAGCGACAUUUCGGUUACUGCCCCAACGCUCUAAACCGCUAUAAGCUAUCUGCCUACAAAGUUCACUGCAUUGAGCUCAGGCACCUAUAAAUUCCCCUAAGCGAAAUUGUCAAUAUGGGUACCAUGCUGGCCCUUUCUCUUCAGAGAGCUAUUCAUUCAUAAUUGAUGGGGAGACUAAAAUGAAAGUGAGAAGUGAGGCUGUCUCGACCACCUUUCAUGUCAGAUGGCCACGGGAUGAAAGGUAGAGAGAUGUGGGUGUGUGAGGAGCAGAGGAGACUGAGACUAGAUGUGGAGAGAGUAGAGUAGACAGCAGACAGACGGACAAUGGAUUCAGAAAUGGGGACAAGGCAUUGCUGCUGCUGCUGCUGCUUAUGAUGAUGUGGACAGAUGCACAGGAGGACCAGACUGCUGCAUUAACAAUGAAUGGAUAUUCAAUCAAAGACAGCUCAUUCCUGAAGUUGAGAACUGAGAAUGCAGAGAGAAUACUCCUGACCCUGGUGCCUUGUUGAACAAGAUGUUUAUGACCUAUCCGGAGAUUGGUGAAGUGACUUCAGGAUUUUUUUAAAACUAAGUACAUUUAUAAAAAGUCUAACGAGGUCUUCCCUGAGCAUAUCAACCAGAGGUGGUCCUUUUACCAAGUGAAAUGUUUUACCCCAUCCAAUACUAUUAAACACAGACUCCCAUCUACCGCCACCUGUAAUAAGGGAAAAUGUCCCAGCUUUCCCGACACUGGCAGUUUGAACGUGUGGACAGAUCUUCUGAUGACUUCUGCAGGCACCUUCAAGGGGGGGAGGAGGAGAAAGGAGCAGAUGUAAUCCUCCAGAGGACGGGUGAAGAGAUGAGACCCUCUAUCACCCUCUGCCCCCCACCCUUGUUCCGGAGCAUCGGACCAUCGGGGCUCUCGGCCAGCCUACCACCCCACCGACGUCUCCGCUCCAUAUUCCGCAGAUCCAGAGCGGUGCUGCCUGCGAAUACACAAGCCGGCAAGGUUUCAGGAACACACACCCUCCAAGAUUUACUGUUUGGCACCCACAUCAACACACUCCCACAUCAACUGACUCACAAUGACGUAGUGUCAGAGAAGGACGUUCACAUAAACACAGACUCAGAGACACAAACACAGCCCAAGAGACUCAUGAGUGCACAUGGGCUCACUGUAUUAGAACCACCAACAGGACCUCUCACAGAUACACUCUCAUUCAUAGUCAGUGCUGAAAGCAGACAGCAGGGCGGACAAACUUUUUCUCAGCUUUCCCCACCCCUAAGGACCCAUAUCAAAGGCAGGGCAAGAUGGGGCAGAGCAGUGUCUCCUCUUAAAGUGCGAGAUGAUCUUGGGACUGGAGAGGGAGGAGUGAAAGAGAAGCAGAAGGUGAAGAGGAGGAGGAGGAGGCUGGACUGUAAAGGAGAGGACCAAUCCAAUGACAGAUAUGUUCCGUCCUUCACCCCAGAGACAGAGGGAGAUGGUGGACUGUGCCAGUGGUUACAAAGUCUGGGGAUUGGAGAUAGAGAGGAGGAGGCCAUUUCCCCCAACAGAAGUAAACCGCAGCAGAGUGGGUUCAGAGAGAGGAUGGCUGAACACAGAGAGGGGUAUUUACAUCCAGCAACCAACCACAGGAGAGACAGACGCCCCCACUUCCUCCCGCCUAUCUGUCAGUCUGGCUCCCUCCUGCAUGUACCCCUGCUGCUUCCCGAAAACUCUCCGCCACCCUCGCCAUGCACCUCCCCACACGCUCCCUUCCACCCCUUGCCUGUACCCCUCCUCCACUCUCUGCCCUUCAGGAGGAAGUGAUAUUGUCCAGCAAAGGAAAGGGGUCUCAACUCAAGAGGCCCAUUUGUGUUUACGCUGUAUGCGGUUUUCUGUCUUGUUACUUUGGCAUAUUCUGACUGACACUUAGCUUAUGUAAGGUUAUAUAAUGUAUUUGCCUAUAGCUCAUUACGCCUACACAUCCUUAACAAGUCUUAUCCAGGUAUAAUGUAUUGAUCUUGCCUAUUAUACUGUACGUCCUUUACAAAUAAUCACAUGAAUAGUUUCUAAGGAUAUGUUAUCCUGUCACAUUUCAAUUGCAUGACAUUUAGCAUGUAUAGUUUGAAAGAUCCAGGGCAUUGUUGUUUCUCAGGAUUAACAUCAACAAGUGAACCAACCUCAGCAUUUCAGAAUGGUGUGCCCUGCCUUGUCCGUCUAUAGACCGUGUCCAGAUAUCCCCCGCAGAGGGCCCCCUCCCCUGAUCAGAGAGGAGGCCCAUGUUGUUUUUGAGGUGUUUGUUGGGGCCUGAACAGUGCUGUGCUCUGUGUGCAGCCUGUGGUGGGAGCUGCAUGUCAGGGCCAGAACACCGGCGUCUCAGUCCUCCUCACUGCCCGCCUCGCACAGCCUGCCGUUUAUGUGUUUACCCUCAAACGCAGCCCAAAAUGUUUGUGAGUCAGGCUCUUUUUUUUUUUUAAGUCCACCCGCCCCUCUCCCAUUAGCCGCCAAACAAACAUUGCACCGGAAAUUUCAGGGAUAUCUGGGAUUUUUGAGGGAUCCCAGCAGACAGGGGGCGAGGUCGAGAACAAGGGUGCUUUCUGUGACAUCUUAGAGGUGAGGUGGGGUGGGCCAAAAGAGAGGGUGUGACCAAGGCUGGGUGGCAGGGGGUGGGCAGAGUCAGUAAGCUUCAUUACGACUGAUCAACAGGCACAGGUGGCCCAGUUUCCGGUGCCCUUUGACCUUGUUACGUUCCUUGAGCCCACAGUACGUGCCACCCCUGACCUCACUCAUCACCAAGCUGACCCGAGCGCUAGGCUAAUGGUAACCAUUGACGUAGCUGUUAUAAGGCCCCAUGUCACAUGUAGCAGCAACCUCUUUUUUUGGACUGCUAACUGGUCUAUCUUAUUUCCUCUCAUUCCUUCUCCUCCUUGCCCAUUCACUCCACAGGACAGACAGGACAGUGGGCCCAGAACAACCAUUGAUGAGGCUGAGAUUUUAUGUCACCCCCCAAACAAAGGAAUAAUGAAUGAGAAAGUGUACACUCUUUGUUCACAGGGUGCUAUCUGGGCUUUGUCCAAGCCUCAUCCUCGCCAAACCCCUAUGUCCUUACUCAUAAUGGCCUGGUGACACAUAUAGUACAUGGCACAGUAAAAUGGCUAUUGUUAGGUUAAAUUGUUCCCAACAGGGCAAGUACAGUAAAUAGCCUUGUACUUAUUUAAAUUAAAGUGAAACAGAAACCAAAGUCCAAGUCCACUUUUUCUCAGUCUCUUCAUUUUCACUGUUUCUGCUCGUGCCACCCCUGACCUCUCGUGCCACCCCUGACCCCACUGUGUACUUCCGGCGCCGACAGAGAUGGCUGCCUCGCUUCGCGUUCCUAGGAAACUAUGCAGUUUUUUGUUUUUUUACGUGUUAUUUCUUACACUAGUACCCCAGG